AUGGCCUCAGAGAUCAGUAGGGACAAAGGAGGAAACCAGUCACAGCAGAAGUGUAGAAAGGGCGUGGAUGAAUUGAAAUUUCAUUUCCGACAACUUGUUCCUGUUAUUUUUACCCUUUCGGACGGGGAGAAACACGUUGCUGCCGCUUCAGUCAAUGUGGUCGAUAGCUCCACUGAGAAACUCAACGCGGCUUCCGCCAGAGCUGUCACCAAGGGAAGGCCUGCUGGGGGAAAAAAAGGGGGCAUAUCUUUUGAGUACAAGAAAGCAGUUCCCUGGGCAGAUGCAGCAGAAUUGGAUAUGCCAGUGAAAGAGAUGAGGCAUGAAGAAGUGAAGGUCUCAAAAGAGAUGCAGGAGACAGCACCACAGAAGACACAGAAUAAGGCAAUACGACUGGCCAAGACACCCAGUGUGGUGACAUUCACCAAUAUUUCCUUUAAGGUUUAUAACAAAGCUCAGAAAAUGCUAAAGCUCAAAGGAGAAUUGAGAGGUGCCAAGGAAAUGAAAGAUGAGCACAGAGAGCAAGCCUCCGCCAAAAGCAGUCUAACAGAGGAGCUUCAGGAGGUGACAAGAUUACUGGAGGAAAAACGGGAGCAGUUGAAAAAGAGCAAAGAACAGGAGAAGUUGCUGGAGCAAGAGCUUGAGACAUUCCGACAGGAGGAAAAAAAGAAAGAAAAAAUGACAAAGGAAAAUUUGAGGAUGUUGGAGGAGGAAAAUGAGACUGUCAAAGCACAGUUGAUGCAAUGUUCCGCGCAGCUGGAGUCCUCUCUCAGCAAACAAAACGCCUCCCAGCAAGUCAUCCAAGAGCUAAAUAAUGAGCUAGUCCUUCAGAAGGAGGCCUUAGAGAGUCUGCAGGUCCAGCUGGAGAAGGCUGUGCAGAAGGAGAAGCAAUAUCUCCAGACCAUGGUCAGUAAAGAAGCCUAUGAGGAAUUGUCCCGAAAGUCAAUCGCCUGCCAAGAUGACCUGACACAAACUCUCGAGAAGCUCAAUCAUACGACCUCAGAGACCAAGAGCCUGCACCGAACCUUGGCACAGGCCCAAGAGAGGAAAGUUCAGCUAGAAGAUGAAAUCAUUGCUUACGAGGAGAGGAUGAAAAAGCUCAACAUGGAAUUAAAAAAACUGCAGGGCUUCCAACAGCAGAGCGAGCUAGAGGUUCAAGCCUUCGACAAGAAGCUGGAGGAGAUGAGCAACCAAGUGUUGCAGUGGCAGAAGCAGCACCAGAGUGACCUCAAGAUGCUGGCAGCUAAAGAGGAGCAGCUCCGUGCCUUCCAGGAGGAAAUGGCCGCCCUGAAAGAGAACCUCCUGGCAGAUGAGAAGGAGCCUGCCUGUGUGCCCCAGCGGUCUACGGCUAAAGACACCUGUAGGCUACGCCGAGAGAAUGAUCAGAUUAUGUCCAACAUGGAGCAAUGGGCAAAAGAGCAGAAGAUCGCCAAUGAGAAACUAGGAAACAAGCUCCGUGAGCAGGUCAAAUAUAUUGCCAAGCUGACUGGUGAAAAGGACCACCUCCACAAUGUAAUGGUCCAUCUGCAGCAGGAAAACAAGAAACUGAAGACUGAGAUAGAGGAGAAGAAGCUGAAAACUGGACACCCAAGGCUAUACACCAAAGCCCUAGGCCCAAGCACGAUGGAGCCCAUACAGAGGGGAAAAGUUUGUGCCACCUUGGGCUUUAGGGGGACGACCCAGGACGUGAGCCAAAGAAUGGACAUCACCAAGUUUGUCGGGAUACCCCACUGCUCAGGUAUGUCUGCCAUUUGUCUUUUGCUACUUAUAUGAUGUCAUCUUUCUUAGUCCCAUGGUUCAAAAAAAUAGCAACAGCCUGACAUUAUUUUUCAA